AUGGCUACCGUUAUGCAGGUCAAUGACCUGCCUCUACCCAUUCUUCCCGAAGGAUGGAAUGCUGAGAAGGACUUCAAGGCCAUUGGGCAACUGUCCGGCGCUGUGCAGCGCAGCAUUGAACCUGUUGGCCCUCAUUUCCUGGCCCACGCCCGCCGAGCUCGCCACAAGCGCACUUUCUCCGAAGACGAUCGCAUCCAGGCUCAGGAGAGCGCCAAGAAGGUCGAGGAUGGGGAUGAGAGCGAUGAGAGCGAGGCUGAGGAUCCCAUGAUGCUGCAGCGCGAGGCCAAGGACUGGAAGACCCAGGAUCACUACAAGAUUUUGGGCCUCUCCAAGUACCGCUGGAAGGCUACGGAGGACCAGAUCAAGAAGGCCCACCGCAAGAAGGUUCUGAAGCACCACCCCGACAAGAAGGCCGCCCAGGGCCGUACUGAAGACGACCAAUUCUUCAAGUGCAUCCAAAAAGCCACCGAGGUUCUCCUUGACCCCGUCAAGCGCCGCCAGUAUGACUCCGUUGACGAGGAAGCCGAUGUUGAACCACCAACCAAGAAGCAGCUCCAAAAGGGUGAUUUCUACAAGCUCUGGAGCAAGGUCUUCAAGUCUGAGGGCCGAUUCUCCAAGACUCACCCCGUACCUACGUUUGGCAACGCCGAGUCUACCAAGGAGCAUGUUGAAGACUUUUACAACUUCUGGUACAACUUUGACUCGUGGCGCAGCUUCGAGUACCUUGAUGAGGAUGUCCCCGAUGACAACGAGAACCGUGACCAGAAGCGCCACGUUGAGCGAAAGAACGCCAACGCCCGUAAGAAGAAGAAGGCCGAAGACAACGCCCGCCUCCGCAAGCUACUGGAUGAAGCGUCUGCUGGUGACGAGCGUAUCAAGCGCUUUAGACAGGAGGCCAAUGCUGCCAAGAACAAGAAGCGUUUCGAAAAAGAGGCUGCCGAGAAAAAGGCCACCGAGGACGCCAAGGCCAAGAAAGAGGCGGAGGAGAAGGCCCAAGCUGAGGCCGAGGCUGCUGCCAAAGCCGACCGCGAGUCUGCAAAGAAGGCCAAGGAAGCUGCCAAGAAUGCCGUCAAGAAGAACAAGCGUGUGCUCAAGGGUUCCAUCAAAGAUGCCAACUACUUUGCCACUGGCGACGUGUCGGCUGCCCAGAUCGAUGCUGUCUUGGGAGAUGUUGAGCUCGUCCAGGGAAAGAUUGAUCCAGACGAGAUUGCUGCUUUGGCCGGCAAGCUUAAUGGUCUGACGGUGGCUGAUAAGAUCAAGGCUGUUUGGAACGACGAGGUCAAGAGGCUUGUUGAUGCUGGCAAGCUCAAGGAUGGUGAAGCCAAGACCCUGGCUUAA